AUGAGUUCCUUUGACGCUCAAUUCAUUGACAACGCUUCAUGCUGUGGACUUAUUUAUAAGCAGGAGUCUGCUUCUGAAAUCAAUCAAGAAGAUGUGGAUGUCAUUCUUGCUCAGGGAAUGCAGCAUCUGAGUUUUGAUGAGCUUCAGAGGGAACAAGAAGACUUGCAUGGAGUUGGAGAAAUGAUCGACAAAGAAAACCAUCAGGAAACGAUAUCUUUGCUGCAGCGUUUUGAUGACCAACUUCAGCGUCGGAAGAAACAUACCGUAUAUGAAUCAGCUGAAGUGAUGAUGAACAGAGACCAUGUCACCAGUUCUGAGUUGAGGCUGCAGUUUUUGCAUGCCAAUCGCUGGAACCCCGAGACUGCAGCUGAUCAGUUUUUGAGCUUUUUGGAGAUGAAGAAACAACUUUUCGGUAUGGACAAAGUCGUGAAAGAUCUCACUCUGAACGAUCUCGAUGAGGAUGACAAGGAGAAUCUGUUAGGCGGAAGUUUACAAAUAUUGCCGUGUACAGAUCGCUCAGGGAGAAGAAUCAUUCUAGAACUACCAGGCCUUCGUUGCUUCAAGAAUCUUCGAAAUGAGCUGAGAGCUAGGUUUUACAUGUUGGCGAAUCUAUGCUCCCAUUUGAAGCGAGGCGUAGUCUGGAUUAGUUAUGCUACUGGACAAUACCGCGACAAUAUGAAUGGCAAGGGGUUCGUGGAGAUGACGAGGAUGGCUAUGUCAAUACCGAUGCACUGUGCAGGGAUUCAUUUGUGCACAGAUGAUCCUUCGGAGGCUGUCAUAUGCAAAGCAGCCAUGGCAUUGACAUCCGCUGAAUUGAAAGCGAAGACAAGAAUACACUAUGGAAGCCACACGGAAUGUCAGUACCUAUUGAAUACAUUCGGUAUACCACGUGUUGCGCUACCAUUCACCACUAUGACUAAUGAUCCAAUCUUGGAGGAUCACAUGACUUGGUACAAACAAUGCCUCAAGGAAGGACAGAACCCAGACUCAGCGAAGACCUCAUUUGUUGGUCGCUUGGAACCCAAUCCACGUGAUGUCUUGUUUGCCCGUAGAAAGUUUAGCGGGAAAGUAACGAGGAGCUGA